AAAGAGACAAGGUACGUGAAGAGUUUGCCAUGAAAAUGAUGGAUAGAAUUACUAAGAGUCUUGACUAUAUAACAAGACCCAUGUUCUUGUUUCCCUAAGCUUACAGAAGCAAUCAUAAGAAAGAAUAUAUUAAAAAAGCAGAGUAAUCCAAAAUUGCACAAUCUAUCCAUUAGAUGGGCCACUGGGAUUUUUCUAUAUUGGAUGCAUGUAUUCCUGACCCACGCAACAAAGUUCCAAUUCCGAAAGCUUCUUUCUUUUCCCUGCCCCUCCAAUUCUUUUCGGCACAGUUAUCUCUUGUGUGUUCCUUUUCCCUUUCUCGUCAGAACAAUUUUUUAACCAAAACCACAUUGCUUGCUGGUUGCAAUGAGCCAAUGAACUUUCUGCAAAAUAGCAUCUCCUAUUCCACUCACAAAAGUAUAGGGCUUUUACUUUACAUUGAGGACAUAACAGAUUGGUCUGGCUCAUAUUUUUCUCUAUUAGUGUUAGAGCCUGCACUCAGGUCUAAAGAGUGGUGGGGAAAACACUCCAAAUACUGCAUGGGCCACCCCAAAUUGUUGUUUUCCUAUGAAGAUAUCUGUUAGCAUGCAAUCUACUUGGGAAUCAAUCACAUACAUUGAAGGGUAUUUUAAAUCACCUUUGUGAUCCUUUUCAGUAGUAGUAAAAAGAAGAGAACAUGUUGUUUUUUGUUUUUUUGGAUUAGGUAACAGUCAUUCACCAAUUACCACAUCAGCCCCCACUAAUUUUCAUUUUUGUCAACCUUUUUCCUCCCUUGUGGACCCCAGUUUUCCAAAAGUCUCAUUUCUCUUGUAUUUAUCUCACACUACCACGAGUGCUAAGCCAAAGACACAGAUGGACUUACCAGAAGUGUUGUCAUUCCUCAUUCAUCAUACAGAGAACUAGAAACCACAGCUUCUUCAACACAACACAGAGAGAGAGAGAGAGGGAGAGAGAGUGAAACAUAGACACAGAGGGAUGGGUAACAACAGGUUCAAAUUAUCAGACAUGAUCCCCAAUGCCUGGUUCUACAAACUCAAGGACAUGGGAAAAGCAAGAAAGCAAACCCCAUCUCAGUCCAAGAAGAAAAAACAACCUUUACCAGCCUCAAGCGCACCAUUAUCAAAACCAAAACAACCCCACCAAUUCAAUCCCAGAAAGUCUUACUACUUCACAAGGGAGCUUAACCCAAAUGAUAGAAUCUACAGCUCACCUGCAAAUAACCAAAAUGCCAAAUGCAACAAUUCCCCUGAAGCCCCCAGAAAAUCAUCCAAACAAAGACUCAAGAGAAGAACUGCAAGGACUUCUUCACCUAAGCUUGCUGUUGCCGCUAACAAUGACAACUCCUCAUCACCACAUGAUAGCUCUGCCGAAUCAGAGUAUCCUGACCCAGAAUUCAGAACAGACCGUGUUCUUGCCACUGAAGCAUUAGAUCAAACGGUUUCUUGGUCCAACUCUUUAGCCUGCAAGGUACACUCCGACGCCAAGGACAUCAUCAUUGAAGUAGACAACAAUUCCACAGAAAGAAAAGACGAUAAGCUAGAAGGGUAUGAAUAUGAUUCCUUCUCGGACCUCGUGCUUCCACCAAUUGUGACCAAGCCUCCAAAAUUCGAUGACUUGCUGAGUGAUGCCAAGAAGAAAGAAACCAAAAUGGAUGGAGCAGAAGAACCAAACCUGAAGGGACCGCUAAGAGUUAAAAUUGUGAAGGAAGGCACUGCACCAAUGAAGGAACAUAAGAACACCCCUGGUAGGAGAUUCUCUGUGAGCUCUUCUCCAGGGGUGAAGCUGCGGACGAACUCGCCGCGAAUUGGCAGCCGGAAAACUCAGGCACAUGGCCGGAGGAGUGUGUCGUCCGGCGCUGUCUCCGGGUCCCGGAGAAGCCUUUCGGAUAGCUUUGCAAUUGUGAAGUCAUCACUGAAUCCUCAAAGGGACUUCAGAGAAUCAAUGGUGGAGAUGAUUGUGCAGAACAACAUAAGGACAUCAAAGGAUUUAGAGGAUCUUCUUGCUUGCUAUCUUUCUCUUAAUUCAGAUGAGUAUCAUGACCUCAUUAUCAAAGUGUUCAAGCAAAUAUGGUUUGAUUUAACUGAUAAUUAGUAGAAGAACAAGUAACAAAUUAUUGAGAUUUGAGACCAUUCUAAACGAGUUUCUCAAGUUUCUCUUUCUCACACAAUGUAUGUUUCACAUCACAUGUAAGUAAUAUUAAUAUCUUUGUUAAGCCUUAGCCAAUAUUUAAGGGUUACACUAUCCAAGACGGUUGCAUUUAUGAAAUGGAAAAACGAAAUUCAAUGCAAUUUGAGGCCUUUUUGUUAACUAGGAAAUAGUUCAAUUAAUUUAUAUAUGACCAGCAGAGUUCAGUUGCAUAUGGAAUUGGCAUGCAAACGUGUAAAAUGGUUUUUGAACACUAGCUUCAUUUGGAAUUUUGGACAAUUUUCUGUGAGUUUAGACAGGCAAAAGAAGUUUGCCACAAACGGGUGAUUGUAUUGUUUAUCUUUCUGUCAUCUUCGUCAAGAAAAAACUUAGAGCAUAAAAUUUGCUUCUGAAUUUUGGUACCUGAAUGGACCCAAAGUUGUUUGAGAACA